AUGCUCUUCUCUAUCUCACCUUAGCCUCCAUUCCAAAUCCAUCACCGAAAACAAACCACCUUUCAAGUCAUCAAUCUGGUUGACCACCCAAUCCUCUUUAGAUUCAAGAAUGAUAACCUAAUAAGAAUAAUGCCUUCCUAUGGUAUGAUUGCUCCCAACGAAAGGAAAUUAAUUUCGGUGACCAACAAAGCUAGUCAAUUUGACACGGAUGUGUUACUAGAAGCUAUUAAUUAUGUUGAGGAAUAUCUCGAUAUGCUUGAGUAUUCCAACCCUCAAUUGUGGGUUGAAAAAUAACCAGGAGUAUUGCCCACUCAAAUGCUCUCUAUCAGAAUGAACAUCAAUACAGAUGCAUCCAGCACUCAAUAAUCAGAUAAAAAAUAAACUUUUGAAGAAGUUAUGAAAUAAGAGCCUAUGCAAUUACAAAGAUCAUAACACACCUUUAGUCGGUUAUAAGAACAAAUCGUCCAUAAAAAUAGUCUUGAUGGUUAAGAAAGCAGAACUUCAAAUAUCUUCAAUAAUACUCCUAGCAUUAGUCCCAUUUUGUAGGAUGCAAGCAGAUUAAGUGCUAAUAUCAGUAGAGAUGUAAAAUAACCGACCUUUUUUACAGAAACUUAUGAGAUUCCUCAAGAACCUAUUGAAAAAUUCUAAGAGAAAAUGGAUCUUGAAUAAAACUAUCAGAAUGAACCCUCCGAAUCUGGUAAUUUUAGAUGCAACGACGAGGAAAGAUCAAACCAUGAAGUCUCAGGAAUACGCUCUUAAACUUCCAUAAUUAAAGUCGAAUAAGUCUAAUUAAUUUCCACUUUGAAGUAGAAAGAGCAACAGAUUAUCAAACAAGCAAGGACUAGUUGA